AUGGAUAGUCCAGUUUUCGGAAGCCAGUGGAAUCUCCCAUCUCGCACUCGCCGCUACCCCGCGACGAGACAAGUACCGGUUCACCGUCAAAUGCCCGUUCCGUCUCCCAAAGUGGUGUCGAUUCCGGUUCACUUCGUCGGAUCGGAGCGGACCAGGUCGGCGUCUGCGGUGAAGAUCCAAAAGGUGUUUCGGGGUUUCUUAGUGAGGAAGAACAUGAAGAGGAUUGUGGCUGUUAAGAGGGAGAUUGACGAGGUCGAGCGGAGGAUAUCAAGGGAAGAGAUUGUUGAUAUGAUUCGGAGAGAUUCGAAGGAGCGGUUGAAGGUGAACGAGACGCUGAUGUCUCUGCUUUUGCGGUUGGAUUCUGUUCGUGGCGUGGACUCUGGGGUUAGGGAUUGCAGAAAGGCGGUGAUUAGGCGUGCGAUUGCGCUGCAGGAGAAGGUUGAUGCAAUUGCUGCUUCUGAUCAAACCGUAGACUCGGAGACACAUACGGAGACUAGUGAUCCAUCUUCAGAGCUGAUCGAUGGCAGUAGAUCUGAAGCUGUUGAUGGAAUCCAAGAAUUAUCUGUUGAUUGUGAUAGCGCCGCUGAUGAAACCCUGGAAAUUAAAGAUUCAAUUUGUGAAUACUCUGCAAAUGGAGCCUUAGAAACAGCGCCCGAUCCCGCUGUUGUUUCUGAUGAUUGCAAUGUUGAUGGAGCCCUACAAUUGCAAAAUCCGGUAGAGCAUGUGAUCGAUUCAGGUGAUUCUAAGGUAAUGUCCGAAUCUACCCUGGACUGCUGUGUCGACUCUGCUGAUGAAAGCAAGGAGGAGAUGGAUGUUACUGAAAUUGGAGUAGAUUCUGAAAUCAACGCAAACAAAGACGUUUCAACUCCGAAAGAAACUGUUGAAGAUCCAGACGAUUCUAAGGCACUACCCAGAUCUUCUCCGGACAGCUGUGACGACUCUGUUCAUGAAAUCAAGGAGGACGUCGAUGUUGCUGAAGUUAUUGAUGAAAUUAAAGAGGAUAUGGAUGUUACAGAAGUUGGAGUGGAUUCUGAAAUCAACGCAAACGAAGAAGCUUAUGCUCCGAAAGAAAUUGUUGAAGAUCCCAGUUCAAAUCCGCGUGUGAAUGAAUGCGCAGGAGUUGAAGGAAACCAAGAACACGGGAAAGAGGACCAAAGUAAUGGAGAACUUCUGGAGAAGAUAAUGGAGGAGAAUGCGAAACUGAUGUGUCUGAUGACGAAGCUCUUUGAGAAGAACGAAGCGCAGACUCGGCUGCUAAGCUCGCUUUCGCAGAGAGUUGAGCACUUGGAGAGAUCCAUCAUGUGUGAGAAGUUGAGGAAAAAAAAGCGGCAAGCAGCAGCUGGGCAAGAAGCAUCGCCGGAUGCUAAGAAAUGUGGAAAAAAAUUGUGA